CUGAUUGCACCUUUUUUGAACGAUAUAUACAUAUCGUAGUUUACAGAAAAAAUAUGAUACGAAUCAUCUAUCUUAUAACACCGUACUUAUUCUACUGUGCCUCGGCGCAAAACAUUGUGUGCUAUUAUGAUAGCCAUGCUGCCAGCUAUCCCACCCCACUUUCACCAGAUGCACUGAGCCCAGCAAAGUGUACCCACUACACCUACAUUGGAAUCGGAUUAACUACAAAAGGAGAAAUUCGGCUUUUGAACGAAAACUUUGACACAGAGACUGGUUUCUUGUUUUUCCAAAACCUUCGCACAGCCGACUCCAAAUUGAUGAUUCUACUUGGGGGAAUUUAUGAAAGCAGUGCCACAUUUUCGACGGCUGUAGCCUCUUACCCAGAUACCCUCAUCAAUAAUAUAGCGCUGUUUUUGACCCGCCACAACUUCGACGGUAUCGACAUAGACUGGCGCUACCCGGCCAAUCGGGGUGGUCAAUCAUCCGACAAGGUCAAUUUCCAGAAGUUCAUCAUCCGACUUCGUGCCAGGCUCAACAUGAUAAAUAAGCUAUUGGCGGUUUCCGUUUCGCCAAGCAAGGCCGUGUUUUCUAAUGCUUACGAUAGCACUACGCUGAGCUUGUAUGCUGACAUGAUCAACGUGUAUGCAUUCAAUUUUACCGACGGGGUGGAAAUAUGGACCAACAAUGUAGCUCCGAUGUACUCCGAUAACACCAGCCCAAUAAGUGUGAACUCAUCAAUCGUUGAUUGGAUUGCGACCAAGGUGCGAAAAGACAAACUCAACAUCGUAGUGGCCACUUACGCCCGCACAUACACGCUGGCCAGGGCAACCCGCACAACCGUGGCAUCGCCAAUUAGUGGCCCUGGGCCUGCCGGAUCAAACACCCAAAAAGCGGGCUAUCUAGCGCAGUACGAGCUGUGUCCGCAGAAAACAAAUUAUGUAACCGUGGCCGACGACAGCACCAAAACCGUCUACUACACGAAGGACCUGAGCUGGAUCAGUUCCGAGACUAGUGACACUCUGGCCGAGAAGUACUCCUACGCGGUGAUAAACGGCCUCGGUGGAGUGGCCAUUUAUACGCUCGAUUGGGAUGAUUGGAAUAAUGAUUGCGGAAUGGGAGAGUUCCCGUCCGUUGCUGUGGCCCAGGAUUAUUUGUACUCCGGAACAAACGACGCUUAAAAUUAUUAAUUUUACAUUCGGUGAUGUUGAUAAAUUCGCUUAUUUGCAUCACGUUUGAAGUUCCCAAUACAGUUUAUAUAAGAAACUCCAUAUGCAUGGAUGAAAGCAUCUGCAAAUUAUGAGUCCUAAUAAAAACCAUUGAGACUGUUUGAUUACAGCCGCCAACGUUCUUAGGAA